UAUUAGCUCACCCUGACUUUGAUCUUACCAUGUUUACCCACUGUAACCUGGUAGUACUUAUAUUCGUGUUGAUUCUUCAAGAUCAGGUUUAUACAGGAGAAAUCAUUGGUGGCCGUGAAGUUGUGCCACAUAGCAAACCAUAUAUGGUGCUUUUGGAGCUGCACAACUUAGGUGGUCAUAACAAACACUGUGAUGGCUUCCUCGUUAAUGAGGACUUUGUGCUGACUGCUGGCCACUGCCAUGCAAAGUCCUACAAAGUCUUUUUGGGACUUCAUGAUUACCACAACCAUAAUGGAGUACAGCAUGUGUCGGUGCCUGAGACCAAUGCAUUUCCACACAAAGACUAUAAUCCAGUUUCUUACAGCAACGAUAUAAUGCUUCUUAAGUUGAGCACCAAGGCAGUGUUCAACGAGAAUGUGAAACCUAUUGAUCUUGCAGACCGUGAUGAUGGAUUUGCGCCAAAAUCGUGUGUAGUUCCUGGUUGGGGAAACACGGGAAACGGUAAAGACUCUGAUGUGCUCCUGGAAGUCAAUGUAACCCUGACUGAGAAUGAGAUUUGUGCUAAGGAAAAUAAGUACUGCUCUGAGGGUGCCACUGGACCAUCCACGGGAGACUCUGGUGGCCCAUUAGUCUGUGAAGAUGGAAAGGCAUACGGGGUGGUGUCCGCCAGUAGUAACUCAAUGCUAGAUGGCCUUAAGCUCUACAGUUACAUUAAGAUAUCUGACAAACGAGACUGGAUUGAUUCUGUCAUAGAUCAUCAUCGAAAGUGGUAAUUCAUGUAUUGAAUCUGCCUUUAAAAAAAGUUAUAUGACAACUGAGAUUUGAAUAUUUGAACUCAUUCUAUUAAAAUGAUGGGUGGCAAGGUGGUGCAAUGGUCACACUGCUGCCUUUUUUCUUCCAGCUACAAACCUUUUCUUUGCAAACCUGUAGUUUCAUUUUAGUCAUAGUUUAAAAUCUUAAAUUUAAAUGUAGAAUGAAUACCAUUUUUUUAAUUUUAAUGUUAGAUACUGCAUUUACUACUCUUAAAAUCAACAGAUUUUAAGAUUUCGAAUUAGUUUAAGAGAGAAACCAAGAUGAUAUGUUGGAUUGUAACAGCAAUAAACUGUUGUGCUACUCACUGUGUUUAUAUUUCAUUAUACAAACAUAUGGGUAUGUAUAAAAUAUGUGUUUGUUUUUGUGUGCAUGCGUUUAUAAUGUAUGUAUGACAGUUGUAAACUGCACAUGCUUCCCAGAGAACAUCCCAGGUCAGAGGUUGACAACAUACAUUCAUUGUUUAGCAGUAGUUCAUUGUUUAGCUGUACUUGUUGGCUUAAAAUUUGUUCAGCAAAGGACCCAAACAGUUUUUUUGAGCAAAUUUUAUUAGCUCCAUAAAUGGAGAUAAUUUAGAUUUUUUUAGAGGACCCUAUAUUAAUACAGUACUAACAGAAUACUCAAGUACAUAUUUUCCCUUUUGCUUGUUUGUGUGUUUUUUAAAUAAAUUUGCAAG